CGCUGGUGCGCUGUGUCCCUCGGACACAGCGGAUCACGGCAAGAGCCAAAGAUGUCGGCUCGGUCAUGUGAUCAGCUGUGUCCAAUCACAGCUGAUCACAUGGCACUGAUGAUCAGUGUGGCCCCAGAAGUGCCACCUAUCAGUGCUCCUCAGUGCCACGUGCCAGUGCCCAUCAGUGCCACGUGCCAGUGCCCAUCAAUGCCACAUAUCAGUGCCUACCAGUGCACAUCAAUGCCACAUAUCAGUACCCAUCUGAGCUGCCUUUCAAUGUCACCCAUCAGUGCCAGUCAGUGCCACCUAUCAAUGCCAAUCAGUGCCACCUAUCAGUGGCAGUCAGUGCCACCUAUCAGUGCCAGUCAG